AUUGCGAGAGACUGGACACGAGAGAAUAACAAUGAUGUCAUACUUUAUGUUUUGAAUUAUAAACAAACGCACAUGUUGUAAAUAUUUAUCUGCUUUUCUUAUUAUAAAUUUUUAUAGUUUUUUGAUAAUAAGUGUAUUUUUCAAGAAAAUCUGUUACGAUUUGAGUCUCAAGUGUAAAAUGGGUAAGAAAGGAAAGAUUGGAAAGCAGAGAAGAGAUAAAUUUUACCACUUAGCUAAAGAAACAGGUUACAGAGCUCGUUCCGCUUUCAAACUGAUUCAAUUAAACCGUAAAUUUGAAUUUCUACAAAAGUCUCGUGUUUGUAUUGACCUUUGUGCGGCACCUGGUGGCUGGUUGCAAGUUGCAUCAAGAUUUAUGCCAAUGUCUAGUGUCAUUAUCGGUGUUGAUCUGGUUUCCAUUAAGCCCAUUUCGAAUGUUAUUACUAUUCAGGCUGAUAUUACUACACACAAAUGUCAACAGGAAAUAAAGAAAGAAUUAAAAACAUGGAGAGCAGACUGCGUAUUAAAUGAUGGUGCACCAAAUGUAGGAUCUGCAUGGUCUCAUGAUGCAUUUACACAAGCUCACUUAACACUGGCUGCAUUGAAACUUGCGUGCAACUUUUUAAAUAAAGGUGGAUGGUUUGUCACAAAGGUGUUUCGUUCCAAAGAUUAUCAGCCUUUGAUGUGGGUAUUUAAUCAACUUUUCAAGAAAGUACAUGCCACAAAACCUCAAGCAUCUAGAAAUGAAUCAGCUGAAAUAUUUGUAGUUUGUCAGGGUUAUAUUGCACCAGAUAAGAUAGAUCCAAGGUUGCUUGACUGGAAAUGCGUUUUUGAAGAAGUGAAUACAGAGCCUGCAAAACAAACAAGUCUUCUCAGUAACAAGAAACAAGCUCGUGCUCAAGGCUAUGAAGAAGGCAAUCUUAGUUUGUUUAAAACAUUAUCAGUCACAGAAUUUGUAAAAAGCAAUAAACCUUUGGACAUCUUGACAAAUGUCAACCAAAUUAUUUUCAAUGACCAGCGAUAUUUAAAACAUGAUUUGACUACAAAUGAAAUCAUCCAAUGUUGUAAAGACAUCAAAGUGCUAGGAAAAGGAGAAGUUCGACAACUUUUAACCUGGCAAGCUAAACUACGGGAUUUAGAAAAUGAUGUGAACGUAAGAAAAGAAGAAGAAAAAGAGGAAAUGCUACAGGAGGUAUCAGUGGAAGAUUUAAUCAAGGAUUUAAAAGAUGAAGAAACAGCAAGUGUAAAAAGAAAACGACGUAAACAGUUUGCUAUGAAAAAACAAUCCCGCGAAAGAAUGCAAGUUGGCGGUGGGACGUCGAGCGAAGGAAACGACGAAGUGGAAUUGUUCAGUUUAAAUAGCAUCAAGAGUAAAAAGAAUCUUGAAAAAAUACACGAAGGACAUGUCAGGGAAGAUGAAUUUGAUGAAGAAAGUUGUGAUAACGAGGAAUCCAGUGAAGAAGAUAUCGACGACUUUGGAGACAAUGCCAAUCCGUUGUUGUUCAAUCCUGAUAAAGAAAAUUAUCCAGAGACAAAAGCGCAACUUUGGUUUGAAAAAGAUAUCUUUAAAGGUGUCGAGACUGCAGAAGAUGAAGAUUUUGAGGUUGAUGAAAUGAUAAAGAGACAUGAGAAGGCUUGUGGUGGUGUGCUACAGGGGAAUGAUUUAGGUAAAUCAAAGCCUGAUUUUUUGAAUGCCGAAUCUGGUGCAAACGAGGUGGAGUCGGAUUCCGGAGAUGAAUCGACUAGUUCCGACAAUAAUGCUGAGGUUGAAAUAGAAGGACCAAAUGAAAACUCAGAGAAUGGGUUUCAAAUAGUGGCACAAAUUACCAAAAGUACGAUGACUCCCGAGGGACUUGCACUAGGAGCACAGAUGGUCAUGUCAAAAAAACGAAAACGCGAAAUAGAAGACGAAGCCUAUCACAGGUGGACUUUCAACGAUGAUCAUUUACCUCAAUGGUUUGUUGAAGACGAAGCUAAACAUUAUCAACGCAAUCUACCAGUCACGAAGGAAGAAAUGUUGGAAUAUAAGAAUAAAUUACGAGAAAUCAACGCUAGACCUAUAAAGAAAAUUGCCGAGGCGAAAGCCAGGAAGAAACAGAAGACGAUGAAACGACUGGAAAGAGCAAGGAAGAAAGCCGAAACGAUUUGUGAAAAUGAUAAUGUGACAGAUAAAGAAAAAGCGCAGCAACUCAAAAAUUUAUACAAGAAAGCUGGAAUUAAAAACAAAAAGCCAGAAGUGAAAUACGUCGUUGCCAAGAAAAGCACGGGUAAGAGAAGCAAACGACCGACUGGUUUGAAGGGGCCAUAUAAAAUGGUCGAUCCAAGGAUGAAAAAAGAUUUACGUGGAAAGCACAAAACAGAUAAAAAACACGGACGAAAAAAAUCGUGAGCUAUUUUAGCGCAGAAAUAAAGUUUGAAAAACUGACUCUGAAGCCAAUAAUGAACGUAAAUAGUUCAAUAUUCAUCUUAUCUAAGCACAUCACUAAGUAUGGACAUGCUUAAUGUUGUAUACUUAGAUAUUAAGGAGUUCAUUAAGAUGCUCAUCAUUCUUCGUGUUACAGGAAUAAUGUUGUAAUAUAAAACAAGUUUUUACAGAAAUUCUUCCAAAAAAAAAAGAAUUUGUUUAAAAA